AUGCUUUCAUACGACAACCCAGUUUCGAGCCCGACAAAGAUGAACAAGCCAACGACUGCUGGCCGGAGUGCAAAGCCCAUUACCAACGCUACUAUGACGCAUGCACCACACGUAUCAGUCACUGCUGCGCAGAAGGGCAACGCCGGACCCAGACAUCACCACAUCUGGCUAGUGACGGGUCCUGCUGGUUGUGGUAAGAGCACAGUCGCCGCGCAUCUUUCGGAGAGCUUAGGAUUCCCAUACUUGGAGGGCGAUGAGUACCACCCAAAAGCCAACAUUGACAAAAUGGCCGCCGGCAUCCCACUUACAGACUCGGAUCGAUGGGAUUGGCUGACCGAGUUGCGCGAGGCCUCUCUCAGAAAGCUGGCGGAUGGUGCCGACGGUGUAGUGCUCACAUGUUCAGCUCUCAAGCGCAAGUACCGCGAUGUCAUUAGAGUGGCACCCUAUUACUCUCACGACGUCGUCCUGCACUUUGUUUACCUACAUGCGCCAGAGGAGGUGCUCCUGCAGCGCGUCGGUGCCAGACAAGGCCACUACAUGGGCGCAAACAUGGUGCACAGCCAAUUCUCCAUCCUCGAGCCCCCCACUGCCGAGGAGACCGAUGUCAUCAGUGUCGAUGUAAGCGGAAGUGAGCACGAAGUCCAACAGGAGGCCCUCAGCAAAGUUCUUCAGGCCAUGGAGGAGCAAGCCUAG